AUGGCCUUGCGACUAAUAGGGAGUCAGCUCUUGUGCCAUGUGAAGGUAACGACUGAAUUCCGUCUGCAGGAGCGUCCCGAUACGCUAGUCAUUGGUCGAUUCUCUGGUAAACAUGCCGUAAUUGAGAUACGUUCAGGAACAUCGGUCUACUUCAACAAAAUCGAUCCAGCCGUGUACUUUGUGGGCGAGCGUUGUCUAGCCUUGCAGCUGGCCAUGGCAAAGAUCGCCAUCGAUCUGAACCUCUUAGAGGCUCUAGUCUCGCACGGACGGUCGAUGAGCGUGCAGGAACUAGCUCAGGCAACGGAGGCCCAGGAUGUGCUGUUUGGCCGUAUCCUUCGUUAUCUUGCUGCCUAA